AUGGUUACCUGCAAGGAAACACGUGCCGUCAUCAUUGCCUUGCACAAAAAGGGCUUUACAGGCAAGUAUAUUUCUGCCAGUAAGAUUGCACCUAAAUCCACCAUUUAUCGGACCCUCAAGAACUUCAAGGAGAUCGGAGUGUUGUGUCAGCAGAGAGGAGACCUGAGGCUGUGUGCCCCUGCCCUGCCUGACUCCUGCCUCCCCCUGUCCCUGCCUCCCCCUGCCUCCCCCUGUCCCUGCCUCCCCUGUCCCUGCCUCCCCCUGCCCUGCCUCCCCCUGCCCUGCCUGACCCCUGCCUCCCCCUGCCUGUCCCUGCCUGACUCCUGCCUCCCCCUGCCUGUCCCUGCCUCCCCCCUGCCCCUGCCUCCCCUGCCUCCCCCUGCCCCUGCCUCACCACUCACCCCCCCACACCAUGAUGGAGUUGGGGGUGUGUCCUAUCUGACAGAGGAGUGUCUUCUACAGGCCACGCCCACCUGCCUUGGGUGCUUCAUCGAGACCCGGGACCCCGCCCUUAUCCAUGACCCCGCCCCUAUCCAUGACCCCGCCCCUAUCCAUGACCCUGCCCCUAUCCAUGACCCCGCUCCUAUCCAUGACCCCGGCCCCACGACUCCUGACGUUGACCGCGAGGCAGGGCUGGUAAGCCACCAGGACUUGGAGGCCACUUCCUGCCCUAUCUCUGAAAUCCGCAGCAUCAAUAUCCCAUGUCUGAGCCAGGUUGGGGAGGUCAUAGAGGUCCUCGGGGAGCCGCUCCUGCCAGACCAGCUUCUCAGCUUCUCCAUGACCAAAACCUGCUACGCCACCGCCCUCACUACCGCCCUCGUUACCGCUAACGACAAGACAGGAGACAACGGAGAGAAGACAGAGGCAGAGGAUCCCACGACCAAGAAUCUGUAUGAGGGCCUCCUAUUGGACAAGAUGAACAGAGAGGGGGGCCUCCUAUUGGACAAGAUGAACAGAGAGGAGGGCCUCCUAUUGGACAAAGUGAAAGGGGAGGAGGUGCUGCUAUUGGACAAGGUCCCCAGGGAGGAAGUGUUGUUAUUGGACAAGAUGAACAGAGAGGAGGUCCUCUUAUUGGACAAAGUGAAAGGGGAGGAGGUGCUGCUAUCGGACAAGGUCAGCGGGGGGGAAGUGUUGCUAUUGGACAAAGUGAACAGAGAGGAGGUCCUCUUAUUGGACAAAGUGAAAGGGGAGGAGGUGCUGCUAUCGGACAAGGUCAGCGGUGAGGAGGUCCUUCUGGCCAAUGCGGGUCAGGACUGGGGUUACUUCGAGUCGUUUAUCAGUGAGUCCAAGAUGGAGCUGCUGGACCUGUGUUCUAAGACCGACCUGUCAGUCAACCUGUUCUCCGAAGACGACGUUGACAACCUGUUUGACGACGACGACGAGGACUCAGCUCUGAGCAGCGAAAUGUGUUCUCUAAAGAUCCGCUACGAGUCCUUCCAGGACAACAUGAGAGAGAAGACCAACAUCCUGCAGGAGGACACACAGUUCAACUUCUUCCCCUCUGUCCUGGUCAACUGUGCCAAGAGGGAGGAUGGAGGAGUAGGAGAAGGAGGAGGAAGGGGGAGGAGGACAGGGGAGGAGGGUAAAGCUGAGGAGCUGAGCCUUGUGGUGGGGGAGGAGGGUGGGAAGGUGGGGGAUGUUAGUCCCCUAGUAGGGUCUCAGGGGUCCCAGGGUUCACCCCUCUCCUCCACUUCCUCUGUCAACUACUUGCUGGAGUUCAGAAACUCAGUCGAGGAGGACGCGGAGUACAGCGAUGAGUCCUCCUGCACCUCCUCGGACACCCUGCAGGAGGUGCAACCGGGCCAGAGGAGGGGAGGAGGAGGAAGUGCGCCCAGGGGUUCCAGGAGACCCUCUGACCCUCUGGACUACGGCCUGCGCUCCAAAAGGAAGGUCCACUACAGUGACGACUACCUGUACGACGUCGACUCCAUCGACGGCCACGACAAGACCGAGAGAAUCGCCACGGAGAAGAGAGAGAAGGUUCCGGCGGAACAGAGGGAGGAGGAUGUGGACUGGUGCCCCAAGAAGAGACGGAAAUUCUCCCGGAAGGAGCCGCCAGUCAUCACCAAGUACAUAAUCAUCAACCGCUUCAAAGGACAGAGACGCAUGUCUGUGAAUCUGGGCAGGCUGGACCCUGCCGGGGACGCUGCCGUGAGCCUGGACCCUGCCGGGGAGAACCACUACUCCUCUCUGUCUCCACUGAAAGACUUCUGGCAGGAGAGGAGGAGGGAGCGGGAAGAGCAGCUGCGGCUGGCGUCCAGAGAUAAGCAGCAUCUGAACAGGCGCCGCCACCGCCCCUUUAGUUCCAUGCACCCCAAACGGAAAUACAAGAUAGCCAACAGGCUGUGUGUCCAGAGGAUCCCCCAGACAGGGGAGGGAUCAGCAGCAGCUCAGGACUCAGGUUCUACCCCCUCUGUCUCUGAUCAGGCUGUUACUACAGAGGAGGGGGGAGGGGGAAGAGCACCGUUAGGACCACAGGACAUCACACACACCGGAACAGCCAAGAGGAGCCGCACCCAGGAGAGAGAGGAGAGGGAUGGGAGGAGGACGGGAGGAGGGAAAACAGGGAGGAUAAGGAAAUUCAAGAGCCAAGCCAGGCUGAGCAGUAACAAGACAAUGAAAGAGGGAGGAGCAAGUAGAAGAGCGGAGGGGGAGAGCGUGAUGAAUGGAGCGGCGGAUGCCUAUACUGCUGCUGAUGCUGGGGUGUUAACCAAUCAGGAGCCUGCUGGCAGCGUACGAGCGGCAGACACCAGCCCCCCUUUCUCCUCCCUGGAUCCCACCAACCAGCAGACAUUCCCCUUCACCUCCUCCUCCUGCGCCUCUGUCCUCAUCUCUUCUGACCAAGCUGUACCUUCUGGGGAGAGGGAGGAAGAGGUGUCAGUGAUCCCAGGGGGGUACCUGCAGACCCUACUAGAUUCCUCAGACUCCUCCAGGAGGGUAGGUAUCACCUACUACCCCCAGCAUCCCCCCACGCAGAACUAUCCCCCGGGUCUCUCUCUAGAGGAGAAACAGCCCCCCACGCAGAACUAUCCCCCUGGUCUCUCUCUAGAGGAGAAACAGCCCCCCACGCAGAACUAUCCCCCGGGUCUCUCUCUAGAGGAGAAACAGCCCCCCAGGCAGAACUAUCCCCCGGGUCUCUCUCUAGAGGAGAAACAGCCCCCCAGGCAGAACUAUCCCCCGGGUCUCUCUCUAGAGGAGAAACAGCCCCCCAGGCAGAACUAUCCCCCGGGUCUCUCUCUAGAGGAGAAACCGUUUUCCUCCCUGCAGCUAGUCCAGAGCUGUGUCCUCUCCCCUCCCUCCGAGUCAGAGCUCCAACAGUCCCCCCAAAACUGUCCCAGCUUCCCCCCCUCCAUGUGGAACCACCAGCCCCAUCUCUGCCCCAGCUACCCCCACAGCCAGGGGGGCUUUGGCCCCGACACCACCACUCUCCUUUCCAGCGGGUUCCUGCCCUUGACGGACGGCCUGCCUGGGUCGGACUACAGCCAGCAGGGAUCAGAGACUGACAGACUGCUGUACGAGAAGAGUUACCUUGUGGAGGGGGACGGGAUGGGGCUGCAGGAGCUGCAGGUGUGUCAGUCAGGUGUCUGUCUGGGGCAGGUGCAGUACCAGCGAGGCUCUCUCUGCUCAGACCAUGGAUGUCUGAUCAGCUAUGACUCUGUGGGCUCCUUGUCUGCCUGCUCCUCCAAGUACAGCUCUCAGAGCUUUGGGGAACAGCGUGAGGGAGGAGGGGAGAUGGAGGAGAGGAGAGACAGCUACCUGCAGCACUGCAGCCCCACGGUGUUGUUCCAACAGAGCCUGGAGAACAUGGGUCACCCCAUCACCCCCCUCAGAGAGUCCUCAGACCUCCUCGACAUUUCAAACUUCACCCCCGACAAGUUCAGACACUCCUCCCUGUCCGAGCUGUCGCCCCCGGAGACCCCCAACCUCUCCCCCCAGGAGACGGGGUGGGAGAUGAGGACAGGAGGCAAAGCCCCGGAGUACCAGGAUCAUGUGACAGGAUGUGACAUCAGCAGGGAGGCGAAGUGGAACUGUGACAUCAUGCAGCAGGCGGAGCAGCACGGGGUGGAAGGGCGGCCCUCAUUCAACGGAGAGGGGGAGGGGGGGAAGAACACCCGCUCUAAGAGGAAAGCAGGUUAUAAACAGACUGCAGCGGUAGCAGGGGGACAGCAGGGGCCUAAGAGAGGCCGGGCCCCCAGAGCAUCCAAGACAGAGAAGGUGAAGAUGCCUAGACAGAGCCGCUCUUCUAAGAAGAUCAAAGCCAUGCUGGAGGGAAAGGCUGCCAAGGGCCAGGCGCAGGCGGGGGGGAACCUUCAGCCCCACAGCCACGGUAGCACUGGGGACUGGUCUGGUAGCAGCACCGGGCCUAGGGGCUGGUCGGAGGGGAACACCAGCCUGGGGGAAGGGGAGGAACAGCAGGAGUUUGAGGAGCCAUCCAACAUCCUGUCCAACAUUGUGUCCGGCAUGGCGGAGGUCCAGAGGUUCAUGAUGGAGUCCAUGGAGCCUCAGUGGGACCCGCUGGAGGGCGACCUGCCGCCCGACACCAACAGCCUCAACAUGAAGACCCUCCACAUCCUCCAGGGGAGGGGGGGCAAGAAGGGAGCAGGCUCCGUGGGGGUCGGACGGGGCAGGAAGGCCAGGGGCAAGGUGGGGAAGAACCAGGCCAAGUUUAACACCUCCCACCCCACCUUCCCCCAGCUCGCUCUGGGCUGCAACAUGUUCGACAAACCCAACUCUAUUAGCCCAGGACCCACGCACAAAAAACUAUACCGUCACAAGACCAGUGCCAAGUUCCCAAACAUGGAGACUGUGAAGGGCAAGCGAGGGGGAGCGGAGAGGAACCCAAACAAGGACUUGGCCCUCAUGGUCUCUUUUGAGAAACUGAGGCAGAAUAUGGCCGUCUUGUUGUCGCUGUCCUUCGAUAAACACUGCCUGGCUCAGUUCAAGAGGAAAAACUACAACCCCCCCCAUAACCCCCCUCUCUCUUCUGAGCCCCUCCCCUUGUAUAAACCCAAGACAUCUUCAACACAAGAUGGGACCAUUUCGAUAACAUAUCAAAUUAGCAUUUUUGUUUUAAUGUUCUUCAUUUUCUUAAUUUUGGAAUGAGCUUGUAAUUCUCCUGUUCUUUACUGUUCUGUUUCUCCUGGAGGUUUUACAAAGGAGCUGGUCGUUCUAACCAGACAUUUAUAGAUCAGAGUAUUUUUGUCUAUGUUGUUGUACAGCUCCUUGCACUAUCUGCAAAA